AUGGCAGGCUGCAGGGAGGUGGGCGCGAGAAAGCUCGGCGAGCUCUUCUUCUAUUGGCCGUGGAAGCUCCUCCGCGGCCGGGCCACACGGGCGGCGGAAGCGGAAGCGGCCGGAGCGGCCGCGGCGGGAGGGAUGAAAGCGGCUCCGGAGCGGCGGCGCCUCUCAGGACUGGCCGUGCUGAUGUUUCUGUUCCUGCCCUUCCUGCUCCUGGAAGCUGCAGAUGCCAAGAAUCCCAUCAUCCCGCUCCAGGAGGGCCACGAGUCCCACUACAAGGAAUCUCAGCGCUUCUGCUACACCAACACACGCGUCCCGCGAUGGAACGACAUCUGGACGAGGACACAGAUCCGCAUCAACAGCAGCCGGAUGAUCCGUGUCACCCAGGUGGACAGCGAGGAGGAGCUGGAGAAGUUCAGCGUGUGGAACAUGGUGUUCUCCUUCCUGCGGGGGAAGCUCAACGACACCAGCAUCGACGUGGAUCUCUACAGCAACAAAACCUGUCUCAAGGUCGAGCUGCUGGAGCCCAGCACCACCUACUCCGUCCUCCUCUUCCGACGUUUUGAUCCUAAGAUGUUCCUUGUUUUCUUCCUGGGCCUGCUGUUGUUUUUCUGUGGGGACACACUGAGCAGGAGCCAAAUCUUCUACUACUCAGCUGGCAUCAGUGUUGGCUUGUUGGCCUCGCUGCUCGUCCUCGUCUACAUGAUGUCUAAGGUCAUGCCCAAGAAAAGCCCUGUGUACUUCCUGCUGGUCGGAGGUUGGUCCUUUUCCCUGUACCUGCUUCAGCUGAUCUUCAAGAACCUGCGGGAGAUCUGCACGUCCUACUGGCAAUACCUGUUAGGUUACCUGCUGUUCGUGGGCCUCCUGAGCUUUGCUGUGUGCUACAGGUACGGCCCCUUGGAGAACCAGCGCAGCAUCAACCUCCUGUCCUGGGCCCUGCAGCUCCUGGGGCUGCUGCUGAUGUACUCGGGCAUCCAGAUCCACCCCAUCGCCCUGGGCCUGGUGCUCAUUGCUGUCUGCACCAAGAACCUGGAUUACCCCUUGCAAUGGGCCUUUGCUGCCUACAGGAAGGUGCAGAGUUCCAAGCUGGGCCCGACCCCCCCUCGGCUGCUGACAGAGGAGGAAUUUCGGCUCCAGGGCGAGGUGGAGACCCGCAAGGCCUUGGCAGAGCUGCGGAGCUCCUGCCAGAGCCCCGAAUUCUCUGCCUGGACCACGGUGUCCCGAAUCCAGUCUCCCAAAAGGUUUGCUGACUUUGUGGGUGGUGCUUCCCAUGUCACCCCCAGUGAGGUGUCUGCCCACGAGCAGGAGUUUGGCCUGGGAAGAAUCUACAUUGAUGAGGAGCUCUUUGAGGAUGAUGAUGAUGAUGAAGAAGAGGAGGAGGAGGAGAAAAAUGUCAAUUACUCCUCUGCUGGGAAUCACAGGAGUGGUUCCCUGCCCCACAACCAUCUGGAUGUCCAGUGAGGUGCCUGAGGGUGACACACACAAGAGGAACUUUGGACCCGUCCCACUGUUACCUGCAGGCUCAGCGCCUGUCUGGAGCCGUGGUGAAGGAGCUGCCAGCGAGCUGCUCCUCCUCCUCCUGCUACAAAGCUGUCAGAGGGCUCCAGCUGGUCAGGCCACACCUCUGCCUUGGCUUCAAUCCCGUGUGGAUACCAAAACCUCUGGCACUUCCCCGAUGGAGCUGUGGAGCCUCGGGGUCUGCUGGCUGCCCCUGGUUGUGGUGUUGGGGUAGAGGCCAUGCUCAGCCCCCUCUCCCCAUGCCAGAGCUGAGGAUGAGUGUGGAUGUGCUUCCUCCCUGCCUCACUGCCCUUCUACUGCCGUCACUUCUCUCCCAAUGGGUGCAGGCAGGGGGUGGGGGUGACCCCAUCGAUGUUCCAGCUCCUGGUGCUGACUGGGGAGCUCUGCCAAAGAACAAAGCUGGAGGGGACACCCCAAUCUAUGCAACUUCCUAAGCAAUAAAGCUGCCCUCACCUCCUCACAGUGUCUCAGCUGCCCUGGGGACCCCCAGCCAAGCCCCUACCUCACCUGCAGCUUCCACCAUCAGUUUGUCUCAGUCUGAUGUCUGUCCCUGUCCCAGCUUUGCUCCCCAGCCCUCCCUGCACUUUCCUCCCUGCUCAGGUGUGAGCAGACUCUGUUACUGCAUCCCCCCAUCCUCAGCGUGAUGAAUGACUCAUUAUAUUUUUAAUAAAGAUGUAUUUUUUAGG